AAGAGAAAUAGUGUGUUUUUUUUGUUAUCAAUUUUUGUCAAAAUUAUAUCAGUGAAAGUGUAUAGUGUAUUUUAUUUAUUUUUUUUUCUCACCAAAAAAAAAAAGUAGUAAUGAUAAGGCUUAAGUCAGCCGAGGAAGCAAUUGGUUAUAAAGUGUGUGUGUGUUGAAAGUGUGUAUUAUAUCGAUCAAACAGGAAAAGAAAUGGUUGAUAAAAAACAAUUUUUCCCAUUACAUUUGAAAUUUUUCAACAAAGUGAUGAUAAUAAUAAAUUUGUAAAAAAAUUUUUUAAACACGUUAUUUUAUUUUUUUAUUUAAUUUUUUUGUUUUUAUCGCAAAAAUGAAAAAUCAUUUAAAAAACAUGCUUGUUCUAAUUUUUUUGAUCUUGAAUUGUUUAUAUGGCUUCUCGGCCAUUGAAAAUGUCACGUGUGUAAAAAAAAACACGUUUCUGGAAACGAAGGGCAAUGCUAUAAUCUCUGUUUUUGUGGACGCUAAUUACGGUCCGUAUUGCAAUGAUUCAUCAUUAAAAGGUCAUCAACAAGUUUCGACAGCUCUCAAAGUAAUUGAGAUUUUAAAUAAAAAUUCAUAUGUACCAGGAAUGUCACUGGGUAUAAAAAUCUACGACACUUGUCAGGAUAAAAUGCACGUUUACAAAGAAAUUUUAAUAAUGGGAGCAAAUUCAGAAUGCACAUUAGAUUAUAAUUUGGGAAUUUUAAUACCUGAAAUUUAUAAAUCAACACUAGAACCAUUUAUGGAAUAUAAUCUAUUGCCAAUAAGUAAUUAUAAAAUGGAAAAUAUGACAAAGCCAUUAAUUGAUAUUUUGGUAAAUUUUUUAACAACAAAAUACGAAGCCAUUGAUUUAGUAUUGGCAACAUCGCCCUAUGUUCUUGGACGAUUUUUAGAUGUCAGCAAGGACAAUGGACUUUGUGUCAAGAGUUACUUAGGUUUUAGUGAAAUGGGAAACAGUACAGAACGUAUUAUUGUUGCUCUCGGUGGACGGGAUGAAAUUAAAUCUUGGAUUGAACACAGUGACGUGAGUGGAGGUAUUCGAGAAACAUGGAUUGUUUUACCACUUGACGAUUCAAUUUUAGAUGAUGUACUACCCGAGGGAUCCUUUGUCAUAAAUACAGAAGCAUUUACAUCGAGUCAACAACAACAACAAGGAGAAGGAACCUCUUCAUCUUCUCAUUUAGAAGGCACUAGCAAGUCACUAAUUCACUCACCUUACCUCUUGAGUAUCGGCAAGGCCAUUAUCGAGGUCGCCCACGUUCUCCAAAGGCUUCGAGAAGCAACUUGUCCUCAUCCUAUUGGAACCUGCACAUUACCACGUUUUGACCCCAAUACACGAGAGGAUUUAAGUAACUUGGAAACUUACGAAAUUCUCGAAAUCCCACAUAAAUCACAAUUUCUCAAAUAUCACAUACAACAAAAUAUUGAUCAUGAAUAUUUUAUUUAUGCCACCUAUAAAAUUAAUCCCGAAACGCAAAAAAUAACAAUACAAAAAAAUAAACAUUCAAAAAUGCCAAAAUUAUGCACAAAUGAAAAUUUAAUAAAUUGUGAAAAAUGUGCCAAUUUUCAAGAGAGAAACGCUGAUGGCCUAGUGAAAAUUAAUAUCGAUAGAACAAUAUUAAAAUCAGGUAUAUGGAUACCAAUUUAUUUAACAAUAAUGGUUAGUGGAACAUUUGCGUCUAUUGUUAUAUUUAUAUUUAUUAUUUAUCGUUAUAUUAUCGAUGAAUCACUUGAUGGUAAUCCAUUUUUAACAAUUAUUUUAAUUCUCGGUACAAUAUUUAUGUUACAAACAAUAUUACCAUUUUGCAUGAAUGAUGAUUAUAUUGGUGCUGUGCAUUUAAAUUCAAGAAAAAUAUUUAUCUCAACAUUAGGGUUUGGUUUGAUAUUUUCAAUUAUGUUGUCAAGGGCAUUUUUCUUGGCAUUUUCAGUUGGUGGAAUAUUUACUGUUCACAUCAAUGGUUAUCUUCAAUGUUUAAUGGUCUUUUUUAUGUUCGGCGUACAGGUGGUAAUUUCAAGUAUGUACUUUGCCCUCAGUACUAGUGAUCCGUCGGAAAUUUUACGAAGUACCACAUACAUUGCACUAUUAGGCUAUGAUAUAUUUCUUUUGGCAUGCCUCUUGAUUGUCAGCUGUUUUAUAACUCAAAUACAACGAAACUACAACGAGGGAAAAUGCUUUUUUGGAACAGUAAUUGGAAUUUUGAUUGUAUGGACAAUUUGGGUGACAUGUUUCAUUUUAAUGGAUUCAUCUGUACGGGAUAUUAUUGUUGGUUUUGGUAUUAUUGCCACAGCAUAUCUUAUUAUUAUUGGCAUUCUUAUACCACGAACCUAUUACAUGGUAACACAUUUAUCGAGGGAUAAGAAUUUUGUGCAAAGAUUCGAUCCCACUGAUCUUGGACCAGACCCAAGAAUGAACACUAUGGCCAGACAGGCAUUGGAUUUACAGUCACGUCAUCCAUUUUACGAUUAUGUACGACCUAGUGUCGAUGGUAUAAGUAACGCGGGCAAUUUUCGAAUACCAAUGUAUCCUAAUUGUUAUGGCAGUGUCAGCCCUUAUCUCACACAACCCGUUCGUAAUAAUAGAAGUCCCACUGAGCAUCAAAGGACGCCAGGGUACAAUAACUAUGGUUUCCAUCCUGAAAUGCGUGAAGUGGAAAAUGCCUACGUUGUACCUCGUGUCUGCAUUGAAAACACUGAGGGUCGCAGGAGCCCAUUCGAGAGGCAAAAUCUCGACGUCAAUUAUGGAAAUGAUAGAAGAAAAAAUAUGACUCGAGAUGAAAAGGAUUGUAUUGAAACGGAGGUUUAUGUUGAGGGACGCAUCAUUCCUCAAAAGAAGGGACCAAAUGAAAAUUAUCCAUUGAGAUGUACAAGUCCAAGAUUGAAUCAAAUGGAGGCAACAAUACGUGAGGAGGAGGAAAAUGAUAUUUCAAGAAUUACACGAUUUUAAAAUUAUAAUUAUUUUCAAGAAACAAAUUUUCUUUUUUUCUAAAUGUAAUUCAAUAAAAAUAAAAAACAAUCAUUUAUAAAU